UUCCCUUUACCUUUUUUACCCCCUUGUAAUUCAGUUUCUUUUUUCUUUCUCCAUUACUCCUCUGCCACAGCUUUCUCCCCCUUCACUUUUCCUUCCUAAAGCAAGGGUAUCCGCAUUUAUGUGGCCAUGAACCCAGAUUUGCCCUCUUCUUUAAGCUGAACGGCGUGAUAGCCUGGAGCCCUACGUAAGAAUCACCUCCUGAGCCUGUUGAAGUGGAGAUACUCAUUUUUGUAGGUCUGGACCUCACAGCUGCGUCUUUCACGAGCUCCCAGGUCACUACUAUGAAAGGCUUAUAUUUUCAACAGGGUUCCACAAAUGAAGAAAUAACAUUUGUAUUUCAAGAAAGGGAAAAUUUUCCUGUUACAGAAGAUAACUUUGUGAAAGUUCAAGUUAAAGCUUGUGCUCUGAGCCAGAUAAAUACAAAGCUUCUGGCAGAAAUGAAAAUGGAAAAAGAUUUCUUCCCUGUUGGAAGAGAAGUUGCUGGAAUUGUGUUAGAUGUUGGAAGCAAGGUAUCAUUCUUUCAACCUGAUGAUGAAGUAGUUGGAAUUUUGCCCCUGGAUUCUGAAGAUCCUGGACUUUGUGAAGUCAUUAGAGUGCAUGAGCAUUACUUAGUUCAUAAACCAGAAAAGGUUACAUGGACAGAAGCAGCUGGAACAAUUCGGGAUGGAGUACGAGCCUAUACAGCCCUGCAUUAUCUUUCUCAUCUCUCUCCUGGAAAAUCAGUGCUGAUAAUGGAUGGAGCAAGUGCGUUUGGUACAAUAGCCAUUCAGUUAGCACAUCAUAGAGGAGCCAAAGUGAUUUCAACAGCUUGCAGCCUGGAAGACAAGCAGUGCCUGGAGAGACUUAGGCCUUCUAUAGCCCGAGUGAUUGAUGUAUCAAAUGGGAAAGUCCACGUUGCUGAAAGCUGUUUAGAAGAAACAGGUGGUCUGGGAGUAGACAUCGUCCUAGAUGCUGGAGUGAGAUUAUAUAGUAAAGAUGAUGAGCCAGCUGUAAAACUACAACCAUUCCCACAUAAACACGAUAUCAUCACGCUUCUUGCUGUUGGAGGACAUUGGAUAACAGCAGAAGAAAACCUUCAGUUGGAUCCUCCAGAUAGCCAUUGCCUUUUCCUCAAGGGAGCAACGGUGGCUUUCCUUAAUGAUGAAAUUUGGAAUUUAUCAAAUGUACAACAAGGAAAAUAUCUUUGUGUCUUAAAAGAUGUGAUGGAGAAGUUAUCAUCUGGUGUUUUUAGGCCUCAGUUGGAUGAACCCAUUCCACUACCUCAGCUGGAUGGACCCAUCGCAGUAUUUGAAGCCAGUUUUCUUUGGAAAUUGUUGAGAAAAAUCAAGGAAGAUAAAAGCAGUUCUGUUUUUAAGCAUGUCUUCCUGCUAAGACAAGAUGUUCGGUUAUGUGAUGUAUUUCAAAAUUAUUUGCAAAAUUAUUGUGCAAACGGUCGAUAUAAUUCUUUAACAUCUGAAGGGAGUAUUCUGAAAGUCUUUAUUGUUUCUCUGCAUUUUACCUCUGGUAUAAAAUUCUUUCCACGAAGAAGACUGCCUUCAGCAAAAGGCACAUUAACUACCUGCACAUGCUACGCCUUUGCUAUACUGUGAAAGUGUUACUAAUUUGUAUCAACUCAAUUCUCAACAAGCCUCCGCUGUCAUAAUUUCAGCAUUUGAGUAUAUUUCCAGAUCUCAAAGUAACCCACAGGCACUUAAGUCUUUUAAAGUAUUGCUUCACUCCGAGUUUUUCCAGGAUCUAACAAUCACGGUAACAGCGGCAAGGGCUGGGGAGGCCAGGCAUCGUAAAGGAGGUGGGGAGGGUUGCCUGAGGCUAUGCUUGGCCAGUCGCUUCCCAUCGGAGUUCUCUGUUGGAAGAUGGGGCGGUGGAGGCCAAGGCCCUUGUGCCACCUGUACACGUUGCCGGCCUCUUUAAGUUCUCAAAGCAGCAGCCCGUCACCGCAGCUCAAGAGUGAUACUUGCUUUUCAUCCAGGCGCCAUACCCUCGGCUGAUCGCAUCUCUGCUGCGAAUGUCAGUAGCGUCUGGCCAUUGCGGUGCCCGGCAAGCUAGUGCACGUCCGGUACCUCGCGCGUGCUAGCCCGCGUUGCCACAUGU